AAAAACGAUUUGUCAGUUCUACAAAGAAGUAGGCUUUAUAGCUCUACUUCUCGAAACAAGAGUAGAUACGUAAUUAUGGACUCGAGAAAAAAGGUGGCUGAGGAAAAGAAUGUUUCGAAUAAAGGGAUUCAAAACAAAGUGAAGAACACUAUGUCCAUAGCAUCUAAGAGAUAUAACAUUGAUAGUUAUAUCUUACUAGACCUUGAUAAGGUAUUAGAUGAUGUCUACUGCUCUUUUCGACCGGUUUCUGCUGAUUACGAUACUAGGAAGGAACUGGUAAAAAACCUUAAUGCUAUGGCUAUAGAUAUUUAUGGUAAAUCAGAAGAGAGCAGACCGGUCCUUGAGGCGUAUGGGUCUUUCGUGAUGGAUACGUUUUCCCCGCAAAGGGAUUUGGAUGUAUCUAUUAACUUUGGUAGUGGAACAUCUGAACUUUCUCGUGUAAAGAAGCUCGAAAUUCUUGAAAGAUUUGCAACGAAGCUCCGCUCUUUGGAGGGGCAAGGGUUUGUUAGGAAUGUUAUACCUAUCUUCAAUGCUAGGGUGCCAAUUGUCAAAUUCUCUGAUCAAAGGACUGGUAUUGAAUGUGAUUUGGCAGUCGAAAGCAAAGACGGCAUUUUAGUUUCAAAGAUCAUUCGUAUUAUAUCUCAAAUUGAUAAUAGGUUUCAAAAACUUUGUAUGUUGAUUAAGCAUUGGGCCAAAGCACAUGGGGUUAACAAUGCGUCACACCAUACCCUCAAUUCGAUAUCUAUAACACUGCUCGUCGCUCAUCAUUUACAGACUCAAAGUCCUCCAAUUUUACCUCCAUUCUCUACAUUAUUUAAAGAUGGAAUCGAUCCUCCUAACGUGGAGAAAAUAACACAAAAGUUCUUAAACUGGGGACAACGUAAUCAAGAAUCUCUUGGUAGACUGUUUGCAACUUUUUUUAUUAAGGUUGAAGAUUUUACAGACGUGUCUAAAAAUUUUGCAAGGGUGGUUAGUGUCAAAGGAGCCGAAAAGAUAUACAGUUCCAUAAACAGAACCGUUGAUGACAUUUUGGAAUUCCUCAAUGGCAAGGUCGCUGGAGAACAUCUCACACAAAAGUUGUUUAGCCAACAAACUGUUGUGGAGCCUUCUCCUACUGUGUCGCCACAACAACCUCAUAACAAAAGAGUCUGCUUGGAAAAGGGGUACAGAGCUGUAGGAGGAACCGGUAACGGGAGAGAGGAGAUAUACGAAAAUCCUAGAGGAAAACGAAAGACGUAUGCUGGAAGAAACGGGAGCUGUAGGUUUAGUGGUGGUGAAGAACCAAUGCCUGUGGGUCUGUGGCAUGACUACAGUCGAAGUCUUGAUAUGCCACCACCACCAGCACAUUAUGAUCGAUAGAAUUCUUUUUAAGAAAUUUGGUCUUUACUAAUAGGGUUUAUGUAACUUGUGUCUUAAGAUAACUUAACUUUUAUUAUUCUUUAUGGUAUCAAAAGUCAGGUAAAUUUAUCUGAUCAUAGACGUUAUACGAUAAUGAUUACAAAAGAUUAAUUUUGACUAUCAAAGUAAUACAAAAGAUGCUUGAGUGAGAUUUUGUUGACUAAUAAAAAUCACCUUAAAAG